UCAGCCCCGCAAACCCCACUGCCGAGGACCCAGUAAGCGCCAGGCAUUUUGCAUACAAAUUGAUAUUCUGUUGUACAAAUCUAGAAGCGUGGGAAGGUUUAACGUGUCCUCGGCUCCCAGACCAAGCCUUUAUCACUUUAGGUUUGCCAAGAUUCCAAGAACACAUGCCAGCAUUUCUUCUCCAGCUCCGUUCCUCCGGGGCUCCGGGAAAGGAGCCGCAGGCUGGGACCCAGCCUCCCCUGCAGGACCGGGCUCUUCCGGCCCUGUGGGCGGGGUUUGGGUGUGGGCGUGGCCCAGAUGCCGGCGCCUUCUCAGAGCCCUCCGGGAUGUGGGCGGGUCCACGGCCGGAAGUGCCCGCGUGGGCGGGGACGAACCGGACUUAGAAUCCCUGACGCUGUGUCCCGGGCCGGAGGGAAGUGGGUGCUGCGCUCGGGAACUCCUUAGCCGCCGCGAACUCGCGCCGCCGCCCUCGACGAUGGUGCUCCGCCUGCAUCGUCUGCUGCUGCUGCUGCGCGCUCGACCCUGCGGCCCUGCGCCGUUCCCUGGAGCCCCGGGUCGGCCCUUGAGCUCCGGGCCCGGGGAGUACCUGCAGCACAGCAUCGUGCCCACCAUGCACUACCAGGACAGCCUGCCCAGGCUGCCUAUCCCCAAACUUGAAAAUACCAUGAGGAGAUACCUCAGUGCACAGAAGCCUCUCUUGGAUGACAGCCAGUUCAGGAAAACAGAGCAGUUCUGUAAGAGUUUUGAAAAUGGCACUGGAAAGGAACUGCACGAGCAGCUCGUUGCUCAGGACAAGCAGAAUAAGCACACCAGCUACAUUUCAGGCCCCUGGUUUGAUAUGUACUUAACUGCUCGAGACUCUGUUGUUUUAAACUUUAAUCCAUUUAUGGCAUUCAAUCCUGACCCAAAAUCUGAGUAUAACGACCAGCUCACCCGGGCGACCAACAUGACUGUUUCUGCUGUCCGGUUUCUGAAGACACUUCGAGCUGGCCUUCUGGAGCCAGAAGUGUUCCACUUGAACCCUGACAAAAGUGACACCAAUGCCUUUAAGAGACUCAUACGCUUUGUGCCUUCCUCCCUGUCCUGGUAUGGAGCCUACCUGGUCAGUGCAUAUCCCCUGGACAUGUCCCAGUAUUUUCGGCUUUUCAAUUCAACUCGUUUACCCAAACCGAGUCGGGAUGAACUCUUUACUGAUGCCAAAGCCAGACACCUACUGGUCCUAAGAAAAGGACAUUUCUAUGUUUUUGAUGUCCUGGAUAAAGAUGGGAACAUUGUGAGCCCCUUGGAAAUCCAGGCACAUCUGAAGUACAUUCUUGAAGACAGCAGCCCCCUGCCCGAGUUCCCCCUGGCAUACCUGACCAGUGAGAACCGAGAUGUCUGGGCAGAGCUCAGGCAGAAGCUUGUGCAUGGUGGCAACGAGGAGACCCUGAGGAAAGUGGACUCUGCUGUCUUCUGCCUCUGCCUAGAUGACCUGCCCAUGAAGGAUCUUGUCCACUUGUCCCACACCAUGCUACAUGGUGAUGGCACAAACCGCUGGUUUGACAAGUCCUUUAACCUCAUUCUAGCCAAGGAUGGCACAGCCGCAGUCCACUUUGAGCAUGCGUGGGGGGAUGGCGUUGCAGUGCUUAGGUUUUUCAAUGAAGUGUUCAAAGACAGCACUCAGACCCCUGCCAUUACUCCCCAGAGCCGGCCAGCCACCACUGACUCCUCUGCUGCUGUGCAGAAGCUCAACUUCAAACUGAACGAUGCCUUAAAGGCUGGCAUUGCCACUGCUAAGGAAAAGUUUGAUGCUACCAUGAAAACCCUCACCAUUGACUACAUCCAGUUCCUGAGAGGUGGGAAAGAAUUCCUAAAGAAGCAGAAGCUGAGCCCUGACGCCGUGGCCCAGCUGGCCUUCCAGAUGGCCUUCCUGCGGCAGUAUGGGCAGACAGUGGCUACCUACGAGUCCUGCAGCACUGCGGCCUUCAAGCAUGGCCGCACUGAGACCGUCCGCCCAGCCUCCAUCUUCACAAAGAGGUGCUCAGAGGCAUUCGUCAGGGAGCCCUCCAAGCACAGUGUGGGCGAGCUUCAGCACAUGAUGGCUGAGUGUUCCAAGUACCACGGCCAACUGACCAAAGAAGCAGCAAUGGGCCAGGGCUUUGACCGCCACUUGUUUGCUCUACGCUACCUGGCAGCAGCCAAUGGGAUCACCCUGCCCGAGCUCUACCUGGACCCUGCGUAUGGGCAGAUAAACCACAACAUCCUGUCCACGAGCACUCUGAACAGCCCAGCAGUGAACCUUGGUGGCUUUGCCCCCGUGGUCCCAGAUGGCUUUGGCAUUGCCUAUGUUGUUCAUGACAGCUGGAUUGGCUGCAACGUCUCCUCCUACUCAGGACGCAAUACCCGGGAGUUUCUCCAGUGUGUCCAGAAGAGCUUAGAAGACAUGUUUGAUGCCUUAGAAGGCAAAACCAUCAAAACUUAACUUCUGGGUGGGCUAAAAGCCUCCAUUGCUUCCUCACCAUGAAGGUGGAGGACCAUGUAACCAACAGGUGCCAAGCCUAAAAAACUAGUUAUGAGGUGCCUGGACAGUCAGUACUGCAGACUCGAGCUGGAAGGUCACAGUUUUAAAGCUAAUUAUGUCCUUUCCUAGUGGGACUGGAUCACAGCUGAAGAUGAGAUUGCAGUUUUAAAGCCCUUUGUUCAGGAGAUAGGGGUUGGAAAACUCAGGUGUAUUUAUUAUUUAAACAGAAAUAAAAUUUAAUUGUUGCUUGGA